AUGGCAAAUGGCAAAAGCGAAAAGGAUGCAGUUGCCCUUGCUGUGCCAAGCAAAGGGGGAGAGCCCACAGACCAGGCCAAGAAGGAUGCAAAGAAAAAAAAUGCCAAAGAGAAGCAAGAGGAGUUGUCUGAAGAGGAUAGACAAAAGAAGGAAGAGUUGGAGUUGCUGGUUCAGAGGGCCCAGGACUCAGAUCAAGGGGUUGCAAAGAUGGCUAUGGAGGCCAUGGUGAAGGAGCUCAAAGAAUCAACAAGCUCAAUGACCUCAGUGCCAAAGCCCUUGAAGUUUCUGCGUCCGCACUACUCAACACUCACUGAACAUUACGCCAAGAUGCCCGCAAGCGACUUGAAGCGUUUUUUUCGCUGA